GUUCUUACCAUGAAUCGAACAAGACGCGGUUAAAGAUAUUAAAUUACUUAUAAUUUGUAAAACGUGUUGUAUACAUUAAAACUCAACAUUUGUCACAUCCACUCCGAAAUAAGAAAAGAGAUCGAAGAAUAUUUUAUAAAGUUUAUCAAAGACUUUGAAAGGUACGAGGACAUUAAAUUACAAGUGAAAAGUGUGUUCAGUAGCUAAACAUUUAAAACUGAAAUGAACAUGGAGACAUACCUCAGACGAACAUACGCACAGAAAAAAUCGGUUGAAAAGGAUGAUUUUCCAUUUUGGGAUUACAGGUCAAGACGGGGUGCUUUCUCAAGUUCAAAUUCCAGUCUUACAUCAAGCAAUUCAUCAUGUGAUGGAAGCAGUAUUUCAUCAAUAAGCUCGAGAUCUGACACCGGAAGUGAAAACAUAAGUAUUUCGGAACACUCGGACACAGACUCACUCUUGCCUUGCGAACAACAGAAAAUGACAAUACAAUUUCUCACAGACUCUCACGAGAUUUCAGCUAUGGAGGAAGUGUAUCAACCAAUCAUAAACUGGAUUGAUCCCGAUUUACAUGUUCUAAAAAUAACCGACAAAUCAGACUCGUUAGAUAAUGCUUUUACGUCACUAUCAGAUAUCAGUGCGCGGAUUCCCAGUAUGGCGGUAAUGGUGUUUUUACAAGAGGACGGUAUGGUUGGAUUUGAAAGAAUUCAAACUAUGAAAAGAUAUUUUGAGAAAUCUCCAUGGAAAUUUCACCAUUCGGAACAGGUCCAUCGUGGUGCAAUAAACCCAUAUCCCUAUAACAGUCAAGACUUUUAUUAUACCUCAGAAGAUUUUCCUUUGUGGGCAGUUCGCCAAGUGCACACUGGAAAAGAAUUCUUCCGCACAGUUUUGUUUGUAAGUGAAAGCAACUGGCAGUCAAUGAUGCAGUUUUACAAGCUAAUUUUAGGCUGUGAACCGGAUGUAAAGCGUGAAGACUUUUGUUUGUUCACCGUUUCGUCCUUUUCUAACUUUAACAUCCAGCUGGCGCUGAAGAAAUUGCAAGGAGAUAUGAAGCCACGUGCACUGGACAGUGUAAGACUGCAGUUCCUUGUUAGUGACAUUAGUAAUAUUGUUUCCCUUCUGCCAAAUGUGUGUCGGCCAUUGUCUGAUACGCGAUGGGAGACGACUGAUAAUGACGGCAACAUUGUUGUUUUGGAAACCCCGCGUAUCCCUAGUAACAGUACUUUCAGUGACAAAUGUUCUAUAUCAGGCAGAAGCUCUUUGUCAGGACGAAACUCCUUUGGGAGACAGAGCUCGUUUAGUCUGAAUGCAAACUCAGACGAAGCAUUGGUCGUGAAUGACCGUGUGAACGGGCGAAGGUCAGGGCGAAGAGGUGCAAAACAAAAUGAAAGGUCAAGGUCGUUUAUCGGUGACGAUAACAUUUUGCAGAAAAUCAAAAUGGACAAUAUCUUAUAUCGAGAGAAAACAAUAAAGGCCAUUAAAGAGAAACAUGUCACUCUGCAAGUAACUGGUGACCCUGGUCACAAAGAAAAUUGUACUGAAAACAACAAUAUGGUAGACAUUAAAAAGCCAGAACCCGUGAAAAGUUUUUAUGUAUAGCGUCGCAAGCAGUAUUGAUACCAUUUGUGUAUAAAAUGACUGAACUUUAUUUCAAAAUUUCGAACAUAUUUUCUCUUGCCGGUGUAUCUAUUGUCUUAACUAUACUGUGUUUCAUGAAGGCAGCAAAAUUGUCACGCAUGGAUAAUUUGUGUCCGGUUUAUUCAAAUUAUUUAUUGUAUUCUUCCUGUCACACCCACGUCUCCACCUCCACCCCACAAUCC